AUGGCCCCCGGUGCCCCCCCCGCGCCCGGGGGGGUGCGGUACCGGCUGCGGGUGACAACGGGGGGCGCGUGGGGGGGGGGGACGCUGGCGACCGUCACCCUGCGGCUGGUGGGGACGCGGGGCCAGAGCCCCCCCUGUCACCUCGACUGGCCCCGCCACCGCCUGCGCCCCGGCUCCACGGUGGUGGCCUCGGUGGCCUCGGCGCAGCCCCUGGGGACCCUCCUGCUGCUGCGGGUCUGGAAGGAGCCGCUGGUGUCCCUUGUCCCCGACCGCUGGUUCUGCGCCAGCGUCACCGUCACCGGGCCCCUGGGGGAGGGGGACGAGGUGGGGGACGAUGACGAAGGGGACGAUGAAGGGGACGACGUUGAGGGGGACGGGGACGACGGGGGCCCCCCCACGGUCACCUUCCCCUGCCACCGCUGGCUGGAGAGCGGCUGCCUGGAGCUGCGGGAGGCCACCGCCCGGACCCCCCGCAUGGCCGCCCGGGAGCCGCAGCUGCUGCAGCAGCGCCAGGAGGAGAGGAGGGAGCGGCGGGAGGCCUUCCAGUGGGCUCCCUACGCCCCGGGGUGGCCCUGGAUGCUGCGGGCGCUGCCCCCCGCCCUCUGUCCCUGGCCACCGCCCGCCGCGGCCCCCCCGGGCCCCCCCCGGGCACCGUCGCCACCGUCACCUUCAUCAUCGUCACCUUCAUCCUCACCGUCACCUUCGUCACCGUCACCGUCACCUUCAUCGUCGUCCCCGGCCCCGGCCGCCCCCCCGCUGUCCCCCAGCCUGGCCUUUCCCCUGGGCCACCGGGCCAACAUCGCCGCCCGCGCCGCCGCCGCCCAGGUGCGGGUGCGGCUGCGGGGACUCGGCUGCGGUGGCUCCUGGCGCAGCUUCGAUGACGUGCGGGAGGCGCUGGGACGGCCGGGGACCCCCAUCAGCGAGUACGUGGUGCGGCACUGGCAGGACGACGCCUUCUUCGGGGAGCAGUACCUGAGCGGGGUGAACCCCCUCCUGCUGCGCCGCUGCUCCCGCCUGCCCCCCAACUUCCCCGUCACCCCCCCCAUGGUGGCCCCCAGCCUCGGCCCCGCCACCACCCUCCAGCGCGAGAUGGAGGGGGGGCGGCUGUUCCUGGCCGACUACGCGCUGCUGGAGGGGGUCCCCGCGGGGGGCCGGGGGGGGGCCGAGCCCCGCUUCCUGGCUGCCCCCCUCUGCCUGCUCUGGCUCAGCCCCCGCCGCCGCCUCCUGCCCCUCGCCAUCCAGCUCUCCCAGCGCCCCGGCCCCACGGCGCCCAUCUUCCUGCCGGGGGGGGGCGCCUGGGGGUGGGCCCUGGCCAAGCUGUGGGUGCGGGGGGCCCACUUCGCCCUCCACGAGAUGGUCACCCACCUGCUGCACAGCCACUUCCUGGGGGAGGCCUUCGCCCUGGCCACCCACCGCCUGCCCCACAGCCACCCCGUCCACCAGCUCCUGAUGCCCCACUGUCGCUUCACCUUCCACAUCAACAUUCUGGCCCGGGAGACGCUGCUCAACCCCGGGGGGAUCAUCGACCAGGCCACCUCGCUGGGGCGGGAGGGGACGCUGGAGCUGGUGGCCCGGGGGACGGCGGCGCUGACCUACACGGAGCUGUGUGUCCCCGACGACCUGGAGAACCGGGGGGUGACCGACCUGCCCCACUACCCCUACCGCGAUGACGCCCUGGAGAUCUGGGGGGCCAUCGAGAGUUUGGUGGAGGGGAUCGUGGCCCUCUACUACCCCGAGGACAGUGACGUGGCCGAGGACGAGGAGCUGCAGGACUGGGUGGGGGAGAUCUUCACCUACGCCGUCCUGGGCAACGAGAAGACGGGCUUCCCCUCCGCCCUGCGCAGCCGCCCCGAGCUGGUCAAGUUCCUCACCAUGAUCAUCUUCUGCUGCUCCGCCCGGCACGCGGCCGUCAACAGCGGGCAGUACGACUACGCCGCCUGGAUGCCCAACACGCCGGGGAGCCUGCGGCGGCCACCGCCCCCCCGGCAGGAGGUGGCCACCCCCGAGCUCUUCCUGGCCACCCUCCCCUCCCCCCGGGCCACCGGCGCCCUCCUGGCCCUGCUCAGCGUCGUCAGCUACGAGGGGGGGGAGCCGCGCCCGCUGGGUUCUCGCUCGCAGGAGCUCUUCAGUGGGGCAGCCCCACGGCGCCUCCUGGCCGCCUUCCGCCGCCGCCUGGGCGCCAUCUCCCAGCGCAUCCGGCGCCGCGAUGGGGGGCUGGAGCUGCCCUACCCCUACCUGGACCCCGCCCGCGUCCAGGAGAGCGUCGCCAUCUGA